AUGGAUGAGAACAAGCCACAAGUCAAGGAUACGGAGCGUCAGGCUACGCAGGUGCCGUCGUCGGGUGAGGUGGAAGACUUGACAGACGAGCAUCGCGCAUACUUGAUGGACAGACAUGGCUCACUGGCAUUGGAGCCAGUCCCGAGUAUGGAUCCAGCCGAUCCAUACAACUGGCCAAGAAGCACGAAAAUCACUAACCUCGUUCUGGUGGCCUUCCACGCCAUGAUGGGCACAUUUACCGCCGCCUCGAUUCAGUGUGCCUUUGUCGAUAUCGCCAAAGAUUUGGACAUCGAAGUCCAACAAGCGAGUUACCUGACCUCGCUGGUCAUUGCCAUCCUCGGCGGAGCACCAGUACUCUGGCGCCCGAUUGCCAAUAUAUACGGAAGACGACCCAUCUUUUUGAUCUCCUUGAUCUGCAGCAUGGCUGGCAAUAUAGGCUGUGGCUUCAGUCGCUCAUACGGCACAGUCGCUCUCUGCAGAGCUAUUACGGCCUUCUUCAUCAGCCCUGCUGCUGCUAUUGGAAGUGCCGUCGUCUCCGAGAUGUUCUUCAAGACUGAGCGUGCCACGUUUAUGGGAGCAUGGACGAUUAUGGUCACGAUUGGUGUGCCAAUUGCACCAUUCUUGUUCGGAUUCGUUGCGCUACGGGUCGACUACCACUGGAUCUACUUUAUCCUCGCCAUCACGAAUGCCGUGCAAUUCAUCUUGUACCUAUUCUUGGGUCCCGAAACUUUAUAUCGACGCGACUUUGCCGUCAAGCCCAGCAACCCGAGGCUCAAGAAGAGCUACUUUAGUUUUGGGCGUAUUAACCCCGACCCCUUGACAAUCCAGGAUUUCUUGCACCCCUUCAUCUACUUUACCAAGCCCGUGGUCUUGAUCCCCGCUGUUGCAUACGCCAUGAUCUUCCUCUGGUCAAACAUUAUGCCUACCAUUGAGAUUCCUCAAAUUUUCCCAGAAAAGUACGAGUUCAACACCCAGCAAGUUGGCUUGCAAUUCCUGUCUUUUAUCUUGGGUUCUAUUAUUGGCGAACAAGUAGGCGGGCGCAUGUCCGACGUGUGGAUGAACCAGCGCCGAAAGAAGAUUGGGUCGGCACCACCACCGGAAUACCGUCUAUGGCUAAGCUACAUUGGCCAUGCUCUGGCUAUUACGGGUGUGAUUGUCUUCCUUGUGCAAACCGCCCAUACUGAUGUCUACAAUAUCACGCCGCUUGUCGGUACUACGAUCGGCUCAGUGGGCAACCAACUCGUCACUACUGUAUACAUUACUUAUGCUGUAGACUGCUACAAGGAGGAUGCCGCUGGAGUAGGAGUCUUUAUCACGUUUGUUAGACAGAUCUGGGGCUUCAUUGGUCCCUUCUGGUUCCCACAACUCAUUGAGGCCGUCGGUAUGCCGGGGACGGCUGGUGUGGCUACCGCAAUGAUGGUGGUCUUUUCUGUGCUGCCGACCCUCGUACUCCAAUUCUUGCGUAAAAGCCGGCAAUGA